AUGAAAAAAGACAACCAAUCCUUGAACGAGAUUGUCCUUCUAGGCUUCUCAGAUUUUGAGUCCAUGCAAGAGCUUCUCUUUUGCCUGGUUCUAAUGUUCUACUUGAACUUGAUGGGCAACAGCCUGAUUUUGAUCCUCAUCACUCUCAAUCCUAUUCACACCCCAAUGUAUUUCUUCCUCUGGAACUUGUCCGUUUUGGAAAUUUGCUACACCUCCACCAUCACCCCAAAGAUGCUAGUGAAUUUGUUAUCAGACAAUCAGACUAUAUCCUUUUGGGGCUGUGGGUGUCAAAUGUGUUUCUUCAUACUCUUUGGUCUCGCUGAAUGUUGUCUUCUUUGUGUCAUGUCGUACGACCGCUAUGUUGCCAUUUGCAAACCCUUGCAAUACCCGUAUAUCAUGAAAUACAGGGGAUGUGCUAAGCUUGCUGCUCUGUCGUGGGCCAUUGGUGCUUUUGUGAGUUUGGGACAAUCUAUUUCCAUCUUCACACUUCCCUUCUGUGGAUCAAAUGGAAUCAGCCAUUUUUUCUGUGACAUUAAGCAUGUUCUAAAAUUGGUGUCCACCGACACCUUUAAGGAUAAACUGGCCAGUGCCAUACUAACUGCUUUAAUUAUCUUGACACCCCUUUUGCUCAUCCUUUUUUCCUACAUCCUCAUCCUCUCCACGAUUCUCAAGAUGCCUGGAGCCAAAAACAGGCGCAAAAUAUUUUCCACUUGUUCCUCACAUCUCACCGUGGUCUGCAUUUUCUAUGGAACCGGCAUUGUUACCUACAUUCAUCCCAACUCAGAAUAUUCCAUGGACAGUAGCCGAUUCCUUGCCCUGCUCUACACAGUGGUGACCCCAAGUUUAAAUCUCAUUUACAGCUUGAGGAAUAAAGAGAUGAAAGUGGCUUUCAAGAAAACUGUAGCAAGGAAAUAG